AUGGACGAGAACGUGGAGAGACACACUUUUAAAGUGUUCAACCAGGAUUUCACUGUCGACAGGAGGUUCCAGCUGAUUAAAGAGAUUGGGCAUGGUGCGUACGGUAUUGUGUGCUCUGCGCGGUUUUCUGAGGCUGUGGAGGACACGACGGUGGCGAUCAAGAAGGUGACGAACGUGUUUUUGAAGACGCUGCUAUGUAAGAGGUCGCUGCGGGAACUGAAGCUGCUGAGACACUUCAGGGGCCACAAGAACAUUACUUGUUUGUACGACACGGAUGUGGUGUUCUAUCCGGAUGGGAGUUUCAACGGGUUGUAUCUGUACGAGGAGCUGAUGGAGUGUGACAUGCACCAGAUCAUCAAGUCGAAUCAGCACUUGACCGAUGCACACUACCAGUCAUUCAUAUACCAGAUCCUGUGUGGGUUGAAAUACAUCCACUCCGCCGAUGUGCUGCACCGUGAUUUGAAACCGGGGAACCUGCUCGUCAACGCGGACUGCCAGUUGAAGAUCUGCGAUUUUGGUCUCGCAAGAGGGUACUCUGAAAACCCAGUCCAAAAUAACCAGUUCCUCACCGAGUAUGUGGCAACGAGAUGGUACAGGGCACCGGAGAUCAUGCUGAGCUACCAGGGAUACACCAAGGCGAUCGAUGUCUGGUCUACAGGUUGCAUUCUCGCGGAAUUCCUUGGGGGGAAACCCAUAUUCAAGGGUAAAGAUUACGUGAACCAGUUGAACCGAAUAUUACAAGUGCUGGGGACGCCGCCGGACGAAACUUUGAAACGUAUUGGAUCGAAAAACGUACAAGACUAUAUUCACCAGUUGGGGUUUAUACCUAAGAUACCCUUCUCGUCGCUGUACCCAGAGGCGAACCCGCAAGCAUUGGACCUUCUGGAGAAGAUGUUGACGUUUGAUCCACAGGAGAGAAUCACGGUGGAUGAGGCCCUGGAACACCCGUACUUGUCGAUAUGGCACGACCCAGCGGAUGAACCGGUAUGUUCCGAAAAAUUCGAGUUCAGUUUUGAAGCGGUUAACGACUUGGACGAGUUGAAACAGAUGGUGAUUAACGAAGUUCAGGAUUUCAGAUUAUUUGUGAGACAACCGCUGCUCGAGGAAGAAGAAGAACAGCAGAGGCAAGAAGAUGAGAUGAUAGACCAACAGCAACAACAAGAGCAGCAGCAGCAGCAGCAGCAACAGCAGCAACAAAUCCCGAUCGAUGCGAACAUGAAGCCUGGUGGCAAUCCGUCAGCGUCUCUAUCCGCAUUUGGGAUCCUCUCAGAAAAUCUCCCCUUGCAUAACGAGGACGACUAUCCUCCUCGACCACAAGAAAACCUACUGGAGACACCCAUGGGGUUGGGAGCCUCCAACGGUUUGCCAUCGGACCUGGAUAACGACUUCCUCGACCUGGAAAAGGAAUUGGAAUUUGGCCUCGACAGGAACUACCAGUAA